AUGAGUAACACCCGAAGCUCAACUCCUGAUUCCCUCUUCUCAGAACAUGAAGUGAAAACAGCCAAAAGAACUCCGCCUUACAUACCGGGAUUAUGGGUGUUUCCAUCAUACUUGCCUGACGAUAUCGCUCGGAAUGCGUUGACGCAUAUAGCUUCUGCCGACCUGUUCUCGGGCGGUGAAAGAGAUCAAGUGAUGUUAUUCGAAGCGCCGAAAUCACUCUCCACCAAAUCAUCUCUACCGAGUUACAUACAUGAUCUACUUCGCUCUCUCAAUACUUUACUCAAAUCUCGCCUACCUUUGGACACUAUCGAUCGGCUGUUCGACCAGCCCCUAGCAAGACAGGUGAUUCUCAACCUCUACCCUCCAGGAGAAGGUAUAUCACCACACAUCGACCUGCCCAACCGCUAUGCAGACGGUAUACUAGGAUGUUCCCUCACUGGAGGAUGCGUCAUGACUCUCAGUAAAGAUAGGGAAGAACACAGGGUAUACAUGCCACCUAGGACUGUAUAUGUGCUGUCGGGGGAGGCGAGAUGGGAAUGGUAUCAUGGGAUAGAAGGGUGUUUCGAAGAUAUUGUAGAAGAUGAACAUGGAAAAGGGGCAGAAACGAUCUUGAGAGAUCUCAGGGUUAGCGUGACUUUCAGGUGGAUGAAGGAAGGUGCAGAUUUGUUAUCAUAG